AUGGCAGAGAUGGGGAGAUACUUUUCGAAGAAGAACGGCGUUCGGGUCAUCACAGGACCGGGACAUCAGAAAAGAGGUGCUGAAGAUAUGGUUCUGGGGGACCAGAACUUUGGAGACUUCCAAGAGCUGUGCAAGCGCAGUGCGGUUCUUGUCUGCUUCAUUAACAGAUUUAUCAUGAAGCCUGGAAUCUCAGAUAUUCCAAAGGUUAAGAAACGUCUGAGAGUCUCGAGCUUAAUGUUCCGAUCGCUCAUGGCCGCCUUCGACACUUCUCCGUGCUUUGUAUCAUCUAUGAUCAGCGGAGACAUAUUGACAGGGUUAGGAACUCGAUUAGUAUGUGGGAAGAAUGAAAAGCAGGCCCUGUCCUUUUGGUACACACUCCCUGUGCGUACUGCAACCCCAUGCUUUGAUGAAGAGGGAACGCAUGCGCUCAGUGUCAUUGUAAGUAAUCAGGUGGAUCCUAAUGGUUAUCUACACUUGGCGGAUAUCAAGCACGAUAUCCGUCCUUCCAAAAUUGGCGUGUACUCUUGGCAUGAUGGCACGCUCUCUAGAACAGUGAUUGUUGACUUUCAAGACGGUCGACUACAUGCAAUUGCGGAUGAGCCUUACAGAAAGAUCAAAGAGAUGAUCGGGCGAACUGCUGACUAUGGACCGUUGGACUCGCACAUCGCCCUGCUUUCGAGUUCUGCAAGAUGGUGGAAUCAUGCGCUUACACAGCUGAAAAGGCAGUUGGCCCAUUUUGUGCGUAUAGUUGAGCGCAACAAGGGCGCAGUAGUUGACUGGUCACAGGAACUGAAAUUACUCGAAGACAAUGCGCAACAGCUCACAUCGCCGAGUAUCGACUUUGAAUGCCGUGCCCGACACUUGGCGAUAAAAAAGUCUCUACACUCUACGAUGUCUCAUCUUCAAAGAUAUAAGACUGACCUUGGAGCAAUUGAAGAGAUACUAGCUGAUUUGCAAGUGGUAUCCAAGAAGCUCUAUUCAAUCAAGGAGUUGGCAUUGUCAAAAGAAGAAUCCCACUCGGAAGCGGUUGAUGAGAAUAUCGCUACCAUCAGGAAGCAUAUUUCUGGUGUAAGGGCGUUUUUGUUCGAACUUGAGGUAAAGACAGAGGCAAUCAUGGGCCUUCUGUCAGACGUUGUCAAGUCUCGGAAUGAUAUGCUGAUGGUGAACAACGGCAGCAUGGUCCGAAAGCUGCUCAAAUCAGCUAGGAAGCAAAGCAAGGCAUCGCAGACUAUGAUGAGGGAAUCCCAGAGGAUGGCAUCGGAUAUGAGGAAAGACAGUGUUUCUAUGAAGACAGUAUGUAUCAUUCAAACUGCUUAG